AUGAAUUUGUUUAAGGCUGUUCAAUUAACCCCUAGACGAUGGCUGAACCUGCAGGAGUACCAAAGCAAAAAAAUAAUGGCAGACCAUGGGGUUGCAGUUCAGAGAUUCUUCGUAGCUGAUUCUGCAAAUGAUGCCCUGGAGGCUGCUCAGAGACUAAAGGCAAAGGAAAUUGUUCUGAAGGCACAGAUUCUGGCUGGAGGGAGAGGAAAAGGUAUUUUCAAUAGUGGAUUGAAAGGAGGAGUUCAUCUAACUAAAGAUCCUAAGAUUGUUGAACAGCUUGCUAAACAGAUGAUUGGGUACAAUCUGUCAACAAAGCAAACUCCAAAGGAUGGUGUGACAGUUAAAAAGGUGAUGGUUGCAGAAGCACUGAAUAUUUCCAGAGAAACAUACUUCGCAAUUUUGAUGGACAGAGCCUGCAAUGGACCUGUUAUGGUUGGCAGUCCACAGGGUGGUGUGGACAUAGAAGAAGUUGCAGUUACUAGCCCAGAACUUAUCUUUAAGGAGGAAAUAGAUAUUUUUGAAGGCAUAAAGGAUCAUCAGGCAUUGCAGAUGGCAAAAAAUUUGGGUUUCAAAGGACCUUUGCAACAGCAGGCAGCAGAUCAAAUUAAGAAGCUGUAUAAUCUUUUCUUGAAAAUUGAUGCUACUCAGGUUGAAGUGAAUCCCUUUGGUGAAACUCCAGAAGGGCAAGUUGUUUGUUUUGAUGCCAAGAUAAACUUUGAUGACAAUGCAGAAUUUAGGCAAAAAGAAAUAUUUGCCAUGGAUGACAAGUCUGAAAAUGAGCCUAUAGAGAACGAAGCUGCCAAAUAUGACUUAAAAUAUAUAGGACUGGAUGGAAAUAUUGCUUGCUUCGUCAACGGAGCUGGACUUGCAAUGGCAACAUGUGACAUAAUAUCCUUGAACGGCGGCAAGCCAGCCAACUUCUUGGAUCUCGGUGGAGGUGUGAAAGAAGCACAAGUAUAUCAAGCGUUCAAGCUGCUGACUGCUGAUCCAAAGGUUGAAGCAAUACUUGUAAACAUAUUUGGUGGGAUCGUGAACUGUGCCAUUAUAGCCAACGGUAUCACCAAAGCCUGCCGAGAGCUUGAGCUGAAAGUACCUCUGGUGGUGAGGUUGGAAGGAACAAAUGUUCAUGAAGCCCAGCGUAUUCUGAAUGAAAGUGGGCUCCCCAUCACGUCUGCAAAUGACCUUGAGGAUGCAGCAAAGAAGGCAGUGGCUAGUGUGGCCAAAAAAUAACAACUUGAAGGUUAUUCUCAUGGAAAGUGCGUGUGUUUCACAAGACGUCAUUCCUGUGGUUAUAUCAGAGAGGAUUAGUGGAGUUUUUCUAAGCAGUCAUCAGUGUGGGUGGACUUAAUUUGUGAUCACAGAUACCUGGCAAACUCGGGCCAUAGGCUUGCAAGUCAGGCUUCAGAAAUUUUGCAGCUGCGUUCUUGAAAAGUUUGUGUGUCUUCAUCUAAUUUUGGUAAUUUUGUUACUCAGACUUGUAAUAAGUAAUACUUCCCUUCAUAAAGCUCUUUUUCUGCUUUCCUUCCAACAUUGUCACUGAUAAACUCAUGAUAAGAUACAAU